AUUUUAUCCGUUCGUUCACCCGCAAAAGAUAUUUGAUUUUCUCAGGAUAAUGACGGGAAAAUCCUAAUUAAUACUAUCUCUAAUCCUUGGGAUUACCCAUAUCAUUAAAGUACAGUUUUUCUGUUGACUGUUCUUGAUUUCCAUUAUCCCACUUCAAAUCCUCCAAAUCUUUGCUCUCUCUCUCUCUCUCUCCAUCCAAUAACCCAUUUCUUAAUCAAUAAUUUUCCUUUGUGGAACCAAGAAACAGAAGAUUCCUUACCGAAAAGGUAAAGUUUGAACAUCACCAUCACCACCGACACCACAACAUCCUUUUCCUUUUUCAUUCCAUUAUUCAUCUCCAACAACCAAUUGAGAAAGAAAUAAAAACUUCUUACCAUAUACCCCAACCCUAGAUAUUUCCCCACAUUCCAAGAAACGCACUAGAAAAAAAAAAUCAGACCCAAACCCAGAUUUUCCACCACAUUCCAAGAAAUCCACAAGAAAAUCAGUUCCAGACCAAGAUUUUCUAUCUACCCAUUUCAAGAAACCCGCAAGAAAAUCUGUUCCAACACCAUCUCAAGAAACCCACAAGAAAAUCAAACCCCAAAGAAGCAAAAGGAAUAAGAAUUCCAACUUCUGAUCAAAACAUACCCAAAAAAAAAAUAAAGAUACCACAAAAAAAUGAAGCAAAUGUCGCACAUUGAUCACGACAUCCCGUCCACCCCAGGGAAAUUCAAGAUGGAGAAAUCCGCAUACAUGAACAGAAUCAGGUGGCACUAUUCUUCUCUCGCCAAGCUCACAUUCUGGUCCUUUGUGUUGUUCUUAGGCUUGAUUCUAGUCUUCUUCUUCAAGUCCCCCACCUCCACCUCCUCUCCCCUCCCCUCAGAUCUCUCCCGCAGAUCCCUCCGGACCUACUCCUGGGGCGGGCCGGCCUGGGAAAAACGUGUCCGAGCCUCGUCCCGAACCCGGUCCCGAAACGGGUUAUCCGUCCUGGUCACCGGGGCCGCCGGUUUUGUCGGGACCCAUGUCUCGGCGGCCCUCAAACGCCGCGGGGACGGCGUUCUGGGUCUGGACAAUUUUAAUGAUUACUAUGACCCGUCGCUCAAGAGGGCCCGUCAGGCCCUUCUUGAUCGGUCAGGGGUUUUUAUAGUGGAGGGUGAUAUUAAUGACAUUGCCCUUUUGAAGAAGCUUUUUGAAGUGGUAGCAUUUACCCAUGUAAUGCAUUUGGCCGCUCAAGCUGGUGUGAGGUAUGCAAUGGAAAACCCUAGCUCUUAUGUGCAUAGUAACAUUGCUGGACUAGUUAGUAUUCUUGAAGUGUGUAAAUCUGCUAACCCACAACCUGCAAUUGUGUGGGCAUCAUCUAGUUCGGUCUAUGGAUUAAAUACUAAAGUGCCCUUUUCGGAAAAAGACCGAACCGACCAACCGGCUAGUCUAUAUGCUGCAACUAAGAAGGCUGGUGAAGAGAUAGCACAUACUUAUAACCAUAUAUAUGGACUUUCCCUUACCGGGUUAAGGUUCUUUACUGUUUAUGGCCCUUGGGGGAGACCAGAUAUGGCAUAUUUCUUUUUCACUAAGGAUAUAUUGAAGGGGAAGUCUAUACCCAUCUUUGAAGCAGCUAAUCAUGGCACGGUUGCCCGGGAUUUUACCUACAUUGACGAUAUUGUGAAGGGUUGUUUGGCGGCUUUGGAUACUGCUGAGAAAAGUACUGGCAGUGGGGGGAAGAAGAAGGGGCCUGCUCAAUUGAGGGUUUUUAACUUGGGGAAUACAUCACCGGUGCCAGUUUCAGAUCUUGUGAGUAUUUUGGAGAGGCUUUUGAAAGUGAAGGCGAAAAGAUCGGUUACGAAGUUGCCACGGAAUGGGGAUGUGCAAUUUACGCACGCAAAUAUAAGUUCGGCUCAGAGGGAGCUUGGGUAUAAGCCCACGACAGAUCUGCAGACGGGUUUGAAGAAGUUUGUUCGGUGGUAUCUCAGUUACUAUGAUUCUGGGAAGAAGAGUGCUCAGUGAUGUCAAUUCAUUCAAUUGUGUGGUUGGAUAUUUCCAAUUCCUGUUCCUUCUGAUUCACAUCAAAUUUUUUUGAUCCUAUCUUGGUUCUUUGCCGAUGUAUCUGUAAUGGUGCCAUCCGAGGAUAAGUCUUCCUUCCACGACGAAGAGGUUUUUGUGGCUGGUGGACGAUAUAUUUGGGCAUUCUGUGCUGUAUUAAGGAAAUCCAGGACAAUCUUUAAACCUUGGGGAACGUAAUUGUAAUUCUAGUAGUCUUAUCAUAGUAGAAUUCAUGCCCAAUAGCGCAUUUGCUGAUUGGGUACUUGUAUCAUUUCUUUGGAAUCCCAAUAAAAUAGCAAACGGCAGUUUUACA